GUUACCGUUUCACAGAACGAAUGCUGUACUUGGGUUUCGGUCACUUCCGGGUUCUCGAUUUCCCAUGAGCCAAUGUCACACCGCGCUAAUAGCAACUUCUCGCGAUAUUCCGGCCUCUUCCCUGGCCGUCGUUGACUGAGACAUAGGCCAUGUUCAGUACCAGUGCGAAAAUCGUAAAGCCCAAUGGCGAGAAGCCAGACGAGUUCGAGUCCGGCAUCUCCCAGGCGCUCCUGGAGUUGGAGAUGAAUUCGGAUCUGAAGGCUCAGCUGAGAGAGCUCAAUAUCACUGCUGCGAAGGAAAUCGAAGUUGCUGGCAACAGGAAAGCAAUUAUCAUCUUCGUGCCGGUGCCCCAGCUGAAGUCUUUCCAGAAGAUCCAGGUGCGGCUUGUGCGAGAGCUGGAGAAGAAAUUCAGCGGUAAACAUGUGGUCUUUAUCGCACAGAGGAGAAUUCUGCCGAAACCAACAAGGAAAAGCCGCACAAAGAACAAGCAGAAGCGUCCUAGGAGCCGCACUCUUACAGCUGUGCAUGAUGCCAUCCUCGAGGACCUAGUUUUCCCAAGUGAAAUUGUUGGCAAGAGGAUCCGAGUGAAACUGGACGGCAGUCGACUCAUCAAGGUCCACCUUGACAAAGCUCAACAGAACAAUGUUGAACACAAGGUCGAGACCUUUUCCUGUGUCUACAAGAAACUCACAGGCAAAGAUGUCGUGUUUGAAUUCCCAGAAUUCCAACUGUAAAGUGCUAAUGACAAAAUAAAUUUGUGUACGGUAACACAGAA